AUGCAGAUAUUCGUGAAAACCCUCACCGGCAAGACCAUUACCUUGGAUGUUGAAAGUUCCGGUUCCAUUAACAAUGUGAAGACUAAGAUACAGGACAAGGAAGUCAUCCCUCCGGAUCAGCAGAGGCUCAUUUUCGCCGGCAAGCAGUUGGAAGAUGGAAGAACGCUGGCGGAGUACAAUAUCCAGAAGGAAUCCACCCUCCAUCUCGUCCUCCGUCUCUGUGGAGGAAUGCAGAUCUUUGUGAGAACGCCAAUGGGCAAGACCAUCCCUUUGGAAGUUAAAAGCUCCGAUACCAUUGGUGAAGUGAAGUCCAAGAUUCACGACAUAGAGCAGAUUCCACGCCAUGAACAGCGUUUGAUCAUUGCUGGGGAGAAUCUUGAGGGCCCUAGAACUUUGGAAGAUUAUAACAUUAAAGUAGACUCUAAAUUAGCAUUCGACCUGAGUCUGAGUUUUGGAGAUGAUAUGCGGAUUUUUGUGAAGACUUUGAUAGGGAAGACCAUCACGCUGGAGGUGGAGAGCUCAGAAACCAUUGAUAACGUGAAAGAAAAAAUUCACGACAUAGAGGGGAUUCCAUGGCAACAACAGCGUUUGUUUAUUGCCGGAAAAAAUCUCGAGAAUGGUAGAAUUUUGAAGGAUCAUAACAUCAAAAAAGAAUCUACAUUGCACCUUUUUUGGAGGUCGGGAGGAGGUGAUAUGCAGAUUUUUGUUAUGACUCAGACAGGGAAGACUUUUGCUUUGGCGGUGGAGAGCUCUUACACCAUUUAUAAUGUGAAGUCAAUGAUUCGGUAUAGAGAAGGGAUUCCACGGCAUCAACAGCGUUUGAUAUUUUCCCAAUGGGCACUCCAAGAUGCUAAAACUUUAAGCUAUUAUAACAUCCAAAACGAAUCUACAUUGGAUCUGAUGUUGUAUUUGCAAGGAGGUUGUAUGCCAAUUUCUGUUACGACUUUUAUAGGCAAGACCAUCAUGCCAUGUUUGAGCCCGUUGACAAAGAUUGACAGUUUCAAGGAAAUGAUUAAGGAGACAGAGGGGAUCCCAGUGCAUCACCAACGUUUGUUCAUUGCUAAAAAGAACCUCGAUGAUGAUGAUCGUACUUUGAAGGAUUAUAAAAUCCAAGAAGAAUCUAUAUUGGAUCUGGUUCUGAGGUUGGGAGGUGAUCAUAUGCGGAUUUAUGUUGAGAUUAUGACAUGGAAGACCGUCAUGCUGGAGGUGGAAAGCUCCAACACCAUUAAAGACGUGAAGGAAAAGAUUAAGGAGAAAGAGGGGAUUCUGCCUCAUCAGCAGAAACUUAUAUUUGAUGGGAAGGAGGUAUCAGAUUUUUGGAAUAUGGCUUAUUGUAAUAUCCGAUAG